CCUCCCUCUUCCCUUCCUCACAUUCUCCCGGGAUCACCGUGAUGCAAGGUAAACAGCCGAGAGGAGAGCACGUCGACUCCACAGCCGCUUUCUCCAGAAUCGUUGGACAGGAAUUUGGGCUUCGGGAGAAAUGUUCGCGAGACUGAAAUCGAGCCUGAUCUCCAUUUUGCAGCCAUCAUUUAGCCGGGUGAUGUCACCUCGUACGAGUGAUGCGGGGUGCUCGCCUGGUUCGUCUGGGGUUGGUAGCACUCAGCAUGCGUCUUAGCUUGGGCUUCGACGAGAGGAGUUUCUCCAAAGCGUGUAUAAGUCUUUCACCUAACCUCCGAAGCCGAUAUCGACUGCUCCGCUACAGAGGCGUUCCUGUACCACAUAGUACCUCAGACAUCUGUGAACAUGGUUUUGUCUCGUGCGGCUUCGGCCUCAUGGUUGAUGGCACUUGCAUGCUCUUCUCUAGUUUUCGCUGGACGAGCACAGGACUCGAAUUCGACAUUCUACAAUCCUAUUAUCCCCGGAUUCCACCCCGAUCCAAGCUGCAUAUUCGUCUCUGAACAGAACGACACCUUCUUCUGCGCUUCAUCGAGUUUCAACGCCUUCCCGGGUAUCCCGCUCCACGCCAGCAAGGACCUGCACAACUGGAAGUUGAUUGGACACGUAUUGAACCGUAAGGAGCAGCUGCCACGACUCGCUGAGACCAACCGCUCUACGAGUGGCAUCUGGGCGCCGACAUUACGUUACCAUGACAAGGCUUUCUGGGUCGUUACGACCCUCGUGGACGACGAGAAGGACGCGGCUGAUGUAUCGAGAUGGGACAAUAUCAUCUUCAAAGCCAAGGACCCAUACGAUUUGAAAUCAUGGUCCGACGCUGUUCACUUUGAGUUCGAGGGCUACGACACAGAGCCUUUUUGGGAUGACGAUGGAAAGACUUAUCUGAAUGGAGCCCAUGCCUGGAAGGUGGGUCCCUGGAUACAACAGACAGAGGCCAAUCUCGACACGGGAGAAGUUGGAGAAUGGAAGACCAUCUGGAACGGAACCGGUGGCAUGGCACCGGAAGGACCGCACAUUUAUCGCAAAGAUGGCUGGUACUAUCUAUUGGCUGCCGAAGGCGGCACUGGGCUCGGCCACAUGGUCACAAUGGCCCGUUCCAACAACAUCGACGGCCCCUACGAGUCAAACCCAGCAAACCCGAUCCUUACUAACGCCAACACGACCGAUUACUUCCAGACGGUUGGACAUGCCGACCUGUUCCAAGAUCAUUCCGGCAACUGGUGGAGCGUCGCACUCGCCACGAGAUCUGGUCCCCAGUGGCUUCAUUUCCCCAUGGUGCGGGAAACCGUCUUGACCGCUGCCACGUGGAAUCAAGGGGAGUGGCCGUAUUUGACUCCUGUUGCGGGUAAAAUGAGUGGUUGGAAAAUGCCUGCAGAGAACCUGGAAGUGAAAGGCCCGGGCCCUUGGGUUUCGCUGGGAGACGUCGAAGGUGAUGUGAUCAACUUCGCUCCAAACUCGACUGUCCCAGCUCACUUCACGCACUGGCGCUAUCCCAUUGAGAGUUCGUAUGCUGUCUCGCCCCCUGAACAUCCCAACAGCCUACGUCUGACACCGUCGAAACUAAACCUCACAGCCCUCAAUGGCAACUACGCGGGCGCGGAAGGGCAGACGUUUGUCGGGAGACGUCAACAGGACACUCUCUUUAGCUACAGUGUGGAUGUCGACUUUAAGCCGACCGAGGUGGAAGAGGAGACAGGUGUAUCGGUGUUUCUCACACAAAACCACCACUUUGACUUGGGCGUGGUCUUGCUGCCGGCGAGCGCUAGCACACAGGCGUUUCCCGGACAGAACUUGACCAUAGUCAAGGACCCGGACGAGCUAAAGCUUCAUCUCAGGUUCCGUGGCGAGUCGUAUGCCCCUAUUCCCGCCAACAUCGUGGCACCUGUGCCGGAGGGGUGGGUUGGCACGCCGCUCCAACUGGAGAUCAAGGCAUUCAACAUGACACAUUACGCGUUUUCCUGCGGCCCCGCCGGAGCAGCUUCACGCAUGGAGACACUUUUGCAUGCAUCCAAUGCCGCUCUGAGCUGGGGAUUUACUGGGGUAUUCCUGAGUGUCUACGCAACUAGCAACGGUGGGCCGGGAACCACACCUGCGUAUAUAUCAAACUGGAAAUUCACUCCUCAGGGGCAACUCAGAGACUGACACUCUUUGGCUCCGCAACCCAUCAGCUUGGAAACCUUGCAAACUCCUGGCGAAACUGGCUAUCUGGGGUCGUUGUGCCCAGGCAACAACCCAUUACGGAACACGAGCCUUGGGUUUUCCGCCAUGGCCCGAGUUGCGAUGCCAGGGCUUGUGUGGUAGUACAGCAUACUCAACACCACUGACCCGCAUCCGUCCUGUACGACUUGUGCCCAAGAGAAUAUCAUCUCCACAUCAUGAUUAUC